GGGGUGGAAGCGAGGGGGCGGGGCUACAGAUGACGAGCCGCGAAAAUCAAAAAUAUCCGGAACUUUCUGUGAAUAUUUUCAUCUGAGCUGCGACAUUUAAUAUAAAAUACACAUCAAAUCAAGGGAAAGUCUUCCGGAACAUGGAGGGGUCGUCUACGAAAGGUGUUUUGAGUCACCUGAGUCUGCUGGAAGUUCAGACGAGGAGCCGUAAAGCUCGAGCUCAGCAGCCGAGUCGUGUGAAGGAGCUGCAGAAGAAAGCUGAAGCGCUGCUGGCCCAGAGAGACCAGCUGAAGGCCGAGAUACAGACACACAAGGAUCUUCAGAAACUGAGGGCAUCUCUGGACAAACAGCAUGAAGAAGAAGAAGAAGAAGAAGAAGAAGAAGAAGAAGAAGAAGAAGAAAUGAAUGAAGACUCUGAGAACUCACAACUCCUGCGCCUGAUGGCCAAACAGACACAACUGAAAGACCUCCUGCAUGCUCAUCACAUCAGCGGCGGGUACAACGUCACAAAGACCAGUCAGGGUAAAGGAGUGUGCGUGUCUGUGGUGACGGCGUACGAGGGCGUCUUCUUAGAAACCUACAACCUGGAGUUGGACCUGAAGCCGAGGCUGAGGGUCGGCCGUCACAACGUUCCCCCGUUCAUUCCUUUGACCCGCCUGGUGGAGCAGAGCGGCAUGCAAACAGACAUCAGGACUCUGCUGGAUCCCCUCAGCCAGCACCUCAACGCCUUCGCAGGACGCAAGCAGCAGCUGAAGCUCGUUAAGGAGCUCCACAAGUCCGUGGAAGUGUUGGAGAGUAAUGUUCUGUGUUCUUUACUCGUGCUGAUGUUCACGCUGCCGGCAGAGAAGGCGGUCGUCCUCUGCUCGCUCGACUACACCGACCACACCAGGAGUCUCCCGACGCGCCUGCACUUUGAAUGUGGCGAAAAGGAGCUUCUUGAUUCUCCGGCGUGGAAGAGAAGUCGCAGCCUCCUGCAGGAGACGCCUGUGCACAAAGCUUUGACAACCAUGAGGGAGAUGGGGAACAUCGUGUAAUCUAUUCACAAAUAUAAUGAAGCUUUUCUACAUUUUAAAGUGAGGUUGUGUAACGUACUGCUACAGUAGACAACCGAAGCUAAACAAUGUCCUGCUGUGGACGCAUUUUAAACACCUAAAGAAAUCAAUAUUAGAUUAAUUUGACUCUUACCACCUCAGCCCUUUACAACUCUGUGCUCUCUUCAAAGACACCAGACUCCAUUGAUAAAAGCAGUGAUUUGACCU